AUGAAUAAACCCGGUCCUAAGCCGAAUCCGACGAUCAGGAUUCUCAUGUUGGGGGCGGCAGGUGUGGGUAAGAGCGCCCUCGAAUCUCGAUUUACGACGGGGAAAUACCCUCCAGAAUAUGACACAUCUCUGACACUGUCGAGUCGAAGAUGCAUCACGCUGCCAUGCUCCCCCUGCUGGUAUGCUGGAGAAGUAGCCCAGACACAGCAUGCGUCCGAUAACUUCAAGAGGCUGUCACUGCACUUAGACCUCAACAAUCCGCCGUCAUCACUAAGCCUUUUGUCCCGACAGUCGACGGGGCCCCCACUGUUCAACCAGACGCUGUGUUGCGCCAAGUGUGAGCGCGAGAGGCGGAACAACACGUUUCUCGUUGAGGUGAUCAACUACCCUCGAGUGCAAUCUCCCAAGGAGCGGUUAAGAAUCCUGAUGAAGCGGGAUUUCGAUGCUGUACUCCUCAUCUACGACAUUGCAAAUCGUGAAUCCUUCGAGACAGUUGCGUACUUACACAACGAGAUCAUACUUGAGGCGCGAAAGCCAAGCAGUACCUUGCUCAAGCGGAUGACCAUCCCAGGCUGGGUGCAGGCAUUGGGCCGCAAAGCGCAGGGUGAAAUUGUGGUGGGAAUUGUGGGCAACAAGAGUGAUAUCGACACGAGCCUAGAGUAUAAGCAGUCAAAUAAUCGAACGAUGCGAAGGAAGUUGCGCGAACAAGAAAAGAUGAUACGGCUGGGACGUAAAUUACUGCUGGGUAGUGAGCUCGAGGUUCCGUUGUCGCCAAGCUCCAUCAGCGGCUCUGAGUCAAUGCAGAUCCCCUCUGAUGCCAGUGCCUCUGGUUCAAACCCUUCCGUCAUCUCGUCAACAGCAACUUCAGACAAGUCGUCUACGUUGUUUGUUCGCCGGACACAGCUGACAGGACCGCGGCAAAUGAAACGACCGUCGAGGUCUUUCAAGGUGGAUUCAUGGGUCCAGUCAGGAAGUCCCAUCACCGAAAGCAUGCCAGAAGAUCCCGAGAUACAUCAGGUCGAUGCUACCAGAGAAGUGGGCACAUGUGACUCGGCUUCCUGGGCCUCGGCCACGACCACGACAGCUCGAAGGCAGGUGACCAAGAAAGAGGGACAAGAGGCUGCUCGGACUCUGCUUCUGCCCGUGCCGUUCUUUGAGACAAGUGCCAAGACGGGAGAUAAUGUCAAUACCAUGUUCGAGGUGGUGGUUCGAGAGGUUCUCAGGCAAAUCGGGAGAGAAAUCUGAGACUUUGAGUAGCUGCGGGUGGGCGCCGUUGUGAGAGACAUUGCAUAAUUAAUUUGGGUUGGUGGAAAUCAGCAUGAGAAAUCCAUUGUUCGAAUUCGGGGUGUUUGAAAUCAUGGGGGUAAUAGUGCA